AGCAGAAGCUUUCAGAACCCCCGGUGGCACUUGUGACCCCCGUGUCCCUCCUCCCCCCCAGUACGGUCUGGUGUUCGACGCGGGCUCCACGCACACGACUCUCUACGUGUACCAGUGGCCUGGGGACAAGGAGAAUGGCACCGGCAUCGUGUCCCAGGUGGAGGCCUGCACCGUGCCUGGACCUGGCAUCUCCAGCUAUGCAGAUGACCCCGCUGGGGCUGGAGCCAGCCUGAAGCCCUGCCUGGACAAGGCCAUGGAGAUCAUUCCAGCAGAGCAGCAGCAGGAGACCCCCACCUACCUGGGGGCCACAGCGGGCAUGAGGCUGCUGAGGGAGCAGAACAGCACCAAGGCCCAGCAGGUCUUUGCUGAGGUUGCCAAGGCCAUUGGCGAGUACCCCGUGGACUUCCGUGGAGCUCAGAUCCUCACGGGGAACGAGGAGGGCUCCUUCGGCUGGAUCACCGUCAACUACCUGCUGGAGACCCUCGUGAAGUUUUCCUUUGCAGAGAAAUGGGAACAUCCCCAGGACACGGAGGUUUUUGGAGCUCUGGAUCUUGGAGGCGCCUCAACACAAAUAACCUUCCAGCCUGGAGUCACCAUUGAGGACAAGAACACGUCUGUCUUCUUCAGGCUGUACAGCACCAACUACACACUCUACACCCACAGCUACCUCUGCUAUGGGCAGACACAAGCCUUGAAGAGGCUGCUGGCAGCUCUUCACCAGGGCAGCCGGUCUCCCCAGCAGGUGUCUCACCCCUGCUACCCCAGGGGAUACCAGGAGAACAUCACCAUGGCAGAUCUCUACAACAGCCCCUGUGUCCAGGCACCGAGCAGCCCUAGCCCUGUGCAGAAUCUCACGGUGACAGGCACAGGGGACCCAGCAGCAUGUGCCAUUGCCAUCCGGGAACUCUUCAACUUCAGCUGCGAGGCCAGCAGGACGUGCGGGUUCAACGGGGUCUAUCAGCCGCCUGUGCGGGGACAGUUCUUUGCCUUUUCGGGGCUUUAUCACAAUCUUCGCUUUCUGAACCUGACUGGGGGGCAGUCCCUGAGCUUCGUCAAUGCCACCAUCUGGCAAUUCUGCAGGAGCAGCUGGGAGAAGGUGCAGAAGAAGUUCCCCACCACGAUCAGGACCCACCUGCGUGAUGCCUGUGCAGCCAGUUCCUACACCCUCACCCUUCUCCUUCAGGGCUACAGAUUCAACCGCACAAAGUGGCUCAACAUCCACUUUGUCCAGCAGGUUGCUAACACAGACAUGGGCUGGACUCUAGGCUACAUGCUCAACCUCACCAACAUGAUUCCCUCAGAGACUCCCCAGAGAGUCACAGGGCUCCAGAGGAGCAGUUGGAUAGCAGCCACAGUCUUGCUGGCCAUCAUGCUUGUCCUCAUCUUCUGCCUGCUCACAGUCACAUGCUGCCAGGAAAACUCUGGUUACGAGAGGCUCUAG